CGCUCUUCAACCAUCCGCAAAGAUGAUUGUAAGGCAGCUCUAUGCGCGGCAGAGCCGCCAGCUCCUCGCUCUCAACCGCCAGGGCUACAUCCCCAGAAGAUUCUCGUCUACAGGAACAGAGACACCAACGCCGGUUGAGACAAUAGUCCACCGUUCUAUCCCAGAGCCCGGCACUCGGCAGAGCAGUGCUGCAUUGACAAACAACCCUGCGGCCAAGGCACUCGCGCAGGAAGCUGAACAACGACAUAAAUUCCAGCAACUCGGAACGUCAGUUACGAAUGUCUAUAAACCAGAAAACCUUAUCCGCCACCCUCCCUUUCCCUCCGACAUCACCCUAGAACUCCUCCUCGCCAACCAAACCCACCUCGGCCACUCCACCUCCCGCUGGAACCCUCAGAACUCGCGCUACAUCUUCGGUAUUCGCGAGGGUAUUCACAUCAUCUCCCUCGAUAUCACAGCAGCCUACCUUCGCCGUGCCGCUAAGGUCGUCGAGGAAGUUGCCGCGCGUGGCGGUCUAAUCCUUUUCGCCGGCACACGACCAGGCCAGAAGCGCAUCGUCGUUCGUGCGGCAGAACUCUCGAAGGGUUACCACAUUUUCGAGCGCUGGAUUCCCGGAUCUCUCACAAACGGCGAACAGAUCCUCGGUCACUGCGAGAAGAAAGUUGUGAAUGUGCUUGAUGAGGAGCUGCCGGAUCUCAAGGAGUCACUUGCUGACCACGCCAUUCUCAAACCGGACCUCGUCAUUUGCCUCAACCCGCUGGAGAACGAGCCUUUGCUUCACGAGUGCGGGCUCAACAAUGUCCCUACCAUUGGAAUAAUCGAUACGGAUGCGGACCCCACGAGGGUGACUUACCCAAUUCCCGCCAAUGAUGACAGUCUGCGUUCCGUUGCUGUCAUCGCAGGUGUGCUGGGACGGGCUGGUCAGGCUGGUCAGAAGAGGAGGCUGGAGCAGGCUAAAAAGGAUUUAGAGAGGAAAGCUCUGCACGGCGAUGCAGGUGAGGUUGGAUCACCGCAAUUCUAAUCCUGGUGAAAGCUGGUUGUCUCUCAUCGUUUUUGUUUUGGGAAUUGAUAUACGGCUUGUAUGUAUAGAUAUUGUAUGGUCACUGUAUUAACAGAAUAUAUUCGGUAACUGCACUACUCG